AUGGUUGAGGUCAAGGAAUACCGCUUGCCACCGACAUCUCGGAUUCCUAAUUCCCCAUUCCCUCUGCUGCACUACCCCCGCUUCUUCCCCUCGCCCUCAUCGCGAUCCCCGACCGCCGUGCACGACGCCUUCGCUGCCAACGGCUGGCAGGUGCAAUGGAUCUUCAGGUACGGGCCGACCCAGCAGUCCCACUACCACUCGGCCGCGCACGAGUGCAUGGCCGUCCUCAGCGGCGAGGCCACCAUCCGCUUCGGCGUCGCUGAUGACGAGCGUGCUGGUGGUGGUGACGGUGACGCCGGGGGCAUAGAGGUGCAUGCACGCGCCGGGGACGUCUUUGUCCUGCCCGCGGGGCUGGCACAUAAGACCUUUAACCCGGAGCCCAGCGACAGCACAUUCAAGCUGCUGACGCCCGGGGACGGCCACCACCACGUCUCCGAAGGUGGUGAUGGGGGCUCGAGGGCCGGCCUUGAACGUGUUGAGUUGUCCGGAUUCACGAUGAUCGGGGCGUAUCCUGUCGGUGCCAAGUGGGACUUUGCAGUUGGGGGUGAGCACGAGGGCCGCUAUCAGGAGGUGUGGUCGGUGCCGAGACCUGAGCGAGAUCCUGUCCUAGGAGCGGACCCGGCUGGGUUGACGAGGCUUUGGAGUUGA